AUGGAGGACCCAACGAUUUUCCACGAGCACAAUGGAGACCCUCCGGACGACGGGCAGUGUGAUGGCCAGGAGAUGAUGGAGCAGCGGGGCGAGGAGGGAAACAACCGACAGAGCUUGGAAUUUCUCAAUGGUGUACGGGGGAGUCCAUCCCCCCACCUCCGCCGUAGGAUUUGGAAUGCCUUAAGCAGGAUCAAGGUUCAGAUUAACUUCCCGUGGUUGAUAGCUGGGGAUUUCAACGCCAUUGCCAACAACGAGGAGUGUUCGAAUCCUAAUAACCCGGGGAAUCAUAGAAACGCAGAUUUUAAAAAUUGGAUUUUCAACGAAGCUUUAUUUGAUCUUGGCUUCUCGGGUCCGAAGUUCACGUGGCGGCGGGGUAAGGAGGAAGGAACGUUCAAAGGCGCCAGAUUGGAUCGUGUUCUAUGCUCGCUGGAUUGGUUGGACGUUGUGAAGACUACAAAGGUUAGCCACCUUCCGGCCGUCGGGUCUGAUCAUUGCCCUCUUUUGAUCGACCUCGAUACGAAAGAAAAUAGGCACACAAAUAGCUUCCUGUUCCAAGGUGCCUGGAUGAACCAUCACUCUUUCAUCCAGCUUGUCAGUAAUAAUUGGAAUGGGGAUUUGUCAGUUUGGCAAAAUAAGGAUGCGAUGGCAGCUAAAUUCAAGCAAUGGAACAUAACAAUGUUUGGUAACAUCCACCACAGAAAGAAUAGGUUAUUGCAUCGUCUGGAAGGGAUCCAAAAACUCUUGGACCAUGCAAGGCAUGCAGGCAUUAUUAAACUGGAAAGGAAAAUUAGACAAGAGAUAGAGGAUACGCUACAGCAAGAAGAGAUUUUCUAG